AUGGAGGGUGACACACAGAGACUCAAUCUGAAGAGGGAAGUGGGGAUUAUAGGAGCUGUGUCAUUCAUUGCCAGAACCAUGAUCGGAUCUGGGAUCUUCAUAUCCCCCCAGUUUGUGCUGUCCACCAUCGGCAGCCCAGGGGCCAGCUUUGUUAUAUGGACUUGCUGUGGGUUGAUAGCCAUGCUGGGGGGGCUCUGCUAUGCUGAACUGGGCACAGUCAUACCAGAGUCUGGAGCAGAAUAUAUCUACAUUCUUCGGACAGCAGGAAAAGUGGUGGCCUUCACGUUUGUCUUCAGCUUUGUCAUUGUCAUCAGGUCUGCCAGUGCCACAGGAAUUGCUCUGAGUUUUGCUGAAUACGUUGUUGCCCCUUUUUACAGCGGCUGCACGCCUCCACAACUGGCGGUGAAGUUGGUGGCUGCAGGGUCUAUCAUUGUGCUGACUAUAGUUAACUGUCUGAGCGUACGCUUGGCCACUGCCAUCCAGAUUCUCUCCAUGGCAGUCAAAUUGCUGGCAAUGGCUGUGAUCAUAUUGGGAGGUGUUGUGAUGCUUUUCCAGGGACACACUGAGAACUUUGAUAACUCCUUUGUGGGAACAAAUGUUGGUGUCAGCUCCAUUGGCUUUGCUUUCUACCAGGGCUUGUGGUCCUAUGAUGGUUGGAACACUUUGAAUCAUCUAACUGAGGAGUUGAAACAUCCAGAAGUGAAUCUUCCCAGGGCAGUUGUGAUAGCCAUUUCUCUGGUGACUGGCUUAUAUCUGAUGGUGAAUGUGAGCUACCUGACUGUAAUGACGCCUAAAGAGCUCAUGUCUUCCAGUGCAGUGGCAGUAACGUGGGGAAAUAAAGUGUUCGGAAGCUGGGGCUGGAUCAUGUCUGUGGCUGCAGCAUUGUCUGCUUUUGGUUCACUGAACGGGACGUUCUUCAGCGGUGGCCGUGUGUGCUUUGUUGCUGCCAGAGAAGGACACAUGCCAGAUAUUCUGGCCAUGGCUCACGUCCACAGAUUGACUCCAUCUCCAGCUCUGAUCUUCACCACUGUUGUCUCUCUUCUGGUGCUGAUCCCUGGAGACUUCCAGAGUAUUGUCAACUUUUUCAGUUUCACUGCCUGGUUUUUCUAUGGCAUCACCUUGUCUGGACUUCUCUAUCUCAAAAUUAAGAAGCCGGAGCUCCCCAGGCCGUACAGGGUUCCCAUUAUACUCCCCAUACUGGUCAUCAUUGUGGCCAUAUUCCUUGUGCUGGCACCCAUCAUUGACAACCCUCAGAUUGAAUACCUCUAUGUGACUAUAUUUGUCUUAAGUGGAGCUAUCGUUUACAUACCCUUCAUCCAUUACAAGCUCUGCCCCGGGCUGCUGAGCAAGUUAACAGUGUUCCUGCAGCUCUUCUUAGAGGUCGCCCCAGCAGAGAAAAACCUGUGAUUUCAGUAGAGGGAUUAUAGAAGGAAAGUUGUUUUUCCAUGUUUUAUUGCUUGUGCUUUUUAACUCCACCUGUUUUUGCA